AUGGCCCAGGUCGAGGACGACAUCGUGCGUGACCUCGCCCAGGUGGGCAUCACAGUGAACACCGUCUUCGUGGAAACGAAGGAGGAGUUUAACACGGCGAUGCAGGCGGGAGAUUUCAAUCUGUGCUUCACGGAAUCUUGGGGCCCUCCCUAUGACCCGCACUCUUUCGCCACCAGCUGGUCCGUUCCCGACGAGGCCCACUAUGCCGCGAUGGCGCAGAUGGAACCGCCGAUGACGAGGGACACGAUACGAGAGCUCGUGACCGAGGUGCUGUCUGUGGAGGACCCCACCGAGCGGCAGGCGAAGUGGACGCACAUUCUGCAGGAGAUGCACAACCAGGCCAUCCACAAUCCUAUGUGGUCUCGCCGCGUCCCAGCGGUCUACAGUCGCCGCCUCCAGGGCUACACUUCUGGCUACCAGCAGUACGACUACCCGAUACACAAUUUCAUCGUCGAUUCUGGCUCGGUCAACAUCACAGUUGCACCCGCGGCGCAGACAGGGCUCUUUCAGGCUACAGGAGACAUGGACCCGCACAGCUACCGGCCCAACGAGUUCUUCAUCAACAAUUGGAUCUACGAGAGCUUGGUGCACUUCGGCGAGAACGGGGAGAUCGUGCCAGCCCUGGCCACGAGUUGGGAAGUCGCGGACACGACGGAUGGCGGCGAGGAGUACCGAUUUACGCUCAGAACCGGCGUCAAGUUUCACGACGGCACUGACUGGAAUUGCGCGGCUGCCAAGAUGAACUUCGACCACGUCCUGCAACCGCCGCUGGCAACGGCGGACUGGCACGGCUGGUACCACCUGCCACUUCACACGACUGGCUGGUCGUGCGACGGAGAGGUCUUCGUCGUCACCCUGGACGCGCCAUACUACCCGUUCUUGCAGGAGCUCUCCUUCAUCCGCCCUCUGCGCAUGCUGUGCCCAGAGAGUUUCAUCAACGGCCCAGCUACAGACCCGGCCACGGAGAAUUCGUGCCCCUCGAGGUGGACAUUGGACGAGGAUGGCAACACGGUUCCGAUCGCCUCUGGUUCAGAUUCGGUCAUUUGCGCAGGCACACGCAGCUUGCAUGGUACGGGCCCUUGGAUUUACGACAGCACCACCGUUAACAGCGACGGCUCGACCUCGGAGGUUCUCUUCACCAGGAAUCCAUACUGGUGGGGCGAGCGCGGGAACGUCGAGGCCGUGCGCGUGAUCCAUUACGAGUCCACUGACGACGUGAAGGCGGCGCUGCUCAAUGGUGAGCUGGACGUUGCCGUGGGCGACAAGGUGCUCCUUCCCCAGCAGGUGCUCGAGUUCAUGUCCAGCCACUACACGACGCACAAGACCGUCCAUGGCCCGAAUUUGUACAACCAGAUGGUGGUGAUGAACGCGGCGAAGGCCCCCACCGACGACAUCAACGUGCGGAAGGUUAUCAUGCACGCGAUCGACAAAGCGGCCAUCGUCUCAGGGGAGCUCUACGGCCAGGCGGCCGUCGCAGAUUCGGUCUUCCCCUCUGACGCGCACUACUGCGAGAUCGACCUGACGCCGCGUUGGGACUACGACAUCGAGAAGGCGAUGCUGCUGAACUGCCCCGACGUGAUGGCUGCGGACGAGGAGGAGGACACCACGUAA